CACCUUACCUAACCCUAGAGGAGAGCUUCCCCCAUACACAAAAAACCUAGCAGCCGCCGACCCCUCCCCUCUCACCCACCUGGCCGCCGGAAAAAGAGAACCAGACUGGACCUCUCUUUUUGCUCUCAUUUCACUCCUCUCGCUGAUCUCUCUCUAAAAUCCCUCACAUAAUCCUUCCUUUCUCCUUCCUCUCUAAUACCAUCGACAAACACAUCUAUGAAGAAAUAGCUGAAAUUUCAGAUAUAGAGCACCAGAUAUGAAACAAAAGCUGAGAAAAAUCCAAAAAUGAAGAUCUGAAAAAUCACUUUAAAAAAAAAAAAAAAAGAGAACUGGAAUUUCGAAUCAGAUUUGGAGAAGAAAUUGUUUGCUAAAUUUUCAAAGUUCAGAUUCCUCUUCCCUGGAUCUAAGGGGCUGUUGAAGCUCGAAUUCGUGGUUGUUUGUUGCUCGUUUGUUGCUGCUCUGUACUGAAAACUGUUCCUAUUCUUUGUUUGCUUAGGAGAGUUGGACAAAUAUCUUUCUCUCUCACAAAGGUGAACAAACAAUUCAAAUCGAAAUUCCACAAAAAUUUCGAUACAUUUCCAAUCUUCAAGCGAUGGAUAGAUCCAUGGUGCAAGAGAUAGUGGAGAAGCAAGUGCUGACGGUAGCAAAGGCGGUAGAGGAGAAGCUGGACGACGAAUUACAUGCUCUAGAGCGACUAGAUCUUGAUGAUUUGGAGGUAUUGAGAGAACGGAGGUUGAAGCAGAUGAAGAAAGUGGCGGAGAAACGGAGCCGUUGGAUUUCUCUUGGACACGGUGAAUACUCUGAGAUCCCUACUGAGAAGGAAUUUUUCUCUGUUGUUAAGGCUAGUGACCGCGUUGUUUGCCAUUUCUACCGUGACAAUUGGCCUUGCAAGGUGAUGGACAAGCAUUUGAGCAUACUGGCAAAACAGCAUAUAGAGACACGUUUUGUGAAAAUCCAUGCUGAGAAAAGUCCAUACUUAGCUGAGAAGCUCAGAAUUGUUGUUCUUCCCACCCUUGCCCUCGUAAAGCAUGCUAAAGUGGAGGAUUACGUGGUUGGAUUCGACGAGCUUGGUCACACAGAUGAGUUUAGCACAGAGGAACUGGAAGAGAGGUUAGCUAAAGCUGAAGUUAUCAUUUUUGAGGGUGAAUCAUCGAAGCUUAAAUCCAAAGCUCCAUCUAAGAGUGUCAGGCAGAGUGCAAAUCCUGACUCGUCUGAUUCAGAGUAAACUUAGACUGGAGACUUAUCUGUCCAUUGUACUACUACCAUAUAGUCAGUUUUGAAGACUUAUGUAUUGAGGAAGUGGGAAUGCAUAUGUUUUGUCAUUUGUGUCUCCUGAAGUAUCCUUCAGCAAAUUAGACGAAAAAUUAACUUUGAGAGUUCCUGUAAAUGUAAAACCUUUGGUUUUAUCUUGGUGGAAUGGAGAUUACAAUUCAGAUAA